AUGAGCGUAGUAGAGAAAAUUAAAGAAAUAGAGAAUGAAAUGGCAAGAACCCAGAAAAACAAAGCAACAGCAAACCAUUUGGGACUAUUAAAGGCAAAAUUAGCCAAAUUAAGGAGGGAGAUACUUACAACUAAAAGCAGUGGAGGAUCAUCUGGAGAAGGGUUUGAUGUAGCAAAAACAGGAGUGGCAAGAAUCGGGUUUGUAGGGUUCCCAUCUGUAGGGAAGAGUACAAUCAUGACUAAAUUAACAGGGACGUACAGCGCAGUAGCAGAUUAUGAAUUUACAACACUAACCACAGUUCCAGGCAUCCUUCAUUAUAACGGAGCAAAAGUGCAAAUACUCGACUUGCCAGGAAUCCUUGAAGGAGCAAAAGAUGGCCGUGGUAGGGGUAAACAAGUAAUUGCUGUAGCCAGGACGUGUUCACUUAUAUAUAUAGUAUUAGAUGCAACUAAACCACUCACUAAUAAAAGAAAAAUAGAAAUGGAGCUAGAAGGGUUCGGCAUACGACUGAAUAAGUCACCACCAGACAUUACAAUAUCAAAAAGAGACCGUGGUGGUGUAAAUAUACGGUCAUCCUGUAGACUGACGCAUUUAGAUGAGGAGGGUAUCCGUAUGAUAUUUAAAGAGUACCGGACACUAAAUGUAGAUGUCAUGUUCAGGUGUGAUGCAACUGCUGAUGAUUUAAUUGAUGUAAUUGAGGGUAACCGGGUGUACGUGCCUGCUUUAUACAUACUUAAUAAGAUUGACAGUGUAUCGUAUGAGGAAUUAGAGGUAAUUAGUCAGUUAAAGGACUCUGUGCCCAUAUGUGCUGAUAAGGAGUGGAAUUUAGAUGAAGUAUUAGAGGCCUCAUGGGCUAAGUUAAGGUUAAUUAGGGUGUUUACUAAGCCCAGGGGACAGUUACCUGAUUAUACGGCACCGGUUGUUAUGCGGGAGGGUAAGUGCAGUAUAAAGGACUUCUGUAAUUCUAUUCACAGGGGGAUUCUUGGGGAGUUCAAGAAUGCGAUUGUUUGGGGUAACAGUGUAAAGCACGUACCACAGCGGGUUGGCAAGGAGCAUAUUUUAGUGGAUGAGGAUGUGGUACAGAUAGUAAAAAGGAGGUAACCUGAAU